UCAUCAUCACCCGUCGGAAAUACGCGUGCGCACUCGGGCUUCAUUUGCUGAUGCAAGACACUUAUGGUGAAGAGGUGCUGUGCCAUUUAGCUGUUUUAUUGUCACUGAGGCGCUUUUGAAAACACCCGUUUGUUACAGCGACCAUGUCAGAAGACGAGAUCUUAUUCGAUCCCACCACGACCAAGAAGAAGAAGAAGAAGAAGAAGCCCUUUAUGCUAGAUGAAGAAGGCGAUGGAGUCAGCGAGGAGACGCAGCAGGCUGAGCCUCGUGAAGCCGAGCCUGAGGCAGGAGAGGAGCGUGAGGUGGAGCCAGAAGAAGAGGAAGGGAAGAAAAAAGAGAUCACAGAUGACUUGGACGAUUUAAAUUUCUUCAAUCAGAAGAAAAAGAAAAAGAAGCCGAAGAAAGUGUUUGACAACGAUAUUGAAGAAGGCAUGAAGGAGCUGAAGAUUGAAGGUGAGCAGCCUGAAGUGAUGGAAGAUGAUGACUUGGACCUGAUGCUGCCAGCAAAGAAGAAGAAGCCCAAGAAGGUGGAAUUUGUUGAGGAAGGUGAUGCAGUUGACAAAGAUGAUGCUCUGGAGGACGAUGAGAGUAAAAAUGCUGACGGCAUCACGUUCAGCUCUCAGACUGGCCCAGCUUGGGCAGGCUCAGAGAGAGACUACACAUAUGACGAGCUGCUAAGUCGCGUCUUUAACAUCAUGAGGGAGAAGAAUCCCGACAUGGUGGCUGGAGAGAAGAGGAAGUUUGUAAUGAAACCCCCUCAAGUGGUGCGAGUGGGAACAAAGAAAACAUCCUUCGUCAACUUCACCGACAUCUGCAAACUCUUGCAUCGACAGCCGAAACAUCUUUUGGCUUUCUUACUGGCCGAGUUGGGAACGAGCGGUUCCAUAGAUGGAAAUAACCAGCUAGUCAUCAAAGGGCGAUUCCAGCAAAAACAAAUAGAGAACGUCUUGAGAAGAUACAUCAAGGAAUACGUGACCUGUCAUACGUGCCGCUCUCCAGAGACCAUCCUGCAGAAGGACACUCGCCUGUACUUCCUGCAGUGUGAGACGUGUCACUCGCGCUGCUCUGUGGCCAGCAUUAAAACAGGCUUCCAGGCCGUCACGGGCAAGAGAGCGCAACUCCGCGCCAAAGCCAACUAAUGAGGCGACCUCUACACUUUCUCAUUCUCCUUUCCAUUACCAAACCCUGCGCUGCCCCAUAUGGCCACUUCAACUGCUCAGUGCUAGUUUAUUCUCAGUCAUGGACUUUUGGAGUGAACUGGUGAAAAAGUAUAGAGUGGAUUUUUUUUCUUUUUUUUUGGUUGUAAUCUAAAAGAAAACAUUAAAGUACAAUAAGCAGGAGGGCUGGACAGCUUGAGCCAUCCUUGUUUAAUGAGUCACAUCAUCUCACUUUGUCAGAAAGAUCACAACUUUUGAUUUAACAAAGUAGUGUGAGAAGCAGGGAUGGGGGGGGCCAGAGCAUUUCAGACUCACGUUUUAUUUGCACAUUGGUAGCAGAUUUCGUUCUACUGUUCUGAUUUCUGUGUGUGAAUAUAGUAGGUGGAAGUCUGGGCAAGUGAGCUUUGUGCCGUCUUCUCCUGCUUUUUAAAACUGAACCACAUAGAAUCGCAGACCUUUUAUGGCGACUGAUCGAGUUCGCUCUCUCUAAAGAGACCUGUUAACAACAUAUUUUUGUCAAGUUGGCUUUAUAUAGAUUCCAUUUAAGUGUGAUUUGAUUCAGCCUUGAGGAUUUGGAGAGCUCUGCUACCUCUGUGACAAAACUCCGCCAAGAGUGUCAGGCUCUGACUGCUGUGCUUAGGAUUUUGGUUGUUUACUGAUUAUCACACAGUUUAAUGAAGGUGACAUCUACAUAUAAGUUUUGAACAUCUUUACAAAACAGAACAGACCUGCACAAUAUUAAAAAAUACAGAGCUGUAUGAUUGUGUUGGUUGUAUAAAAAAAAAUAAUGGGGCAGGAGACAUUACAGUACAGUGUUUCAGAUGAAAGUAAGAUGGAUGUCAUUGUUUAAAACUGAUUUUUUAAUAAAAAAAUUUACUCUAUAACAACAA